AUGCAGCUGAAUGAUGUGUUAUUGGCACUUUCUGUGCUCUCCUAUGUCACUACUACCCAAGUAAAUGCGUGGUCUCCAACCAAUGGCUAUGCUCCUGGUAAUGUUUCGUGCCCAGGUGGUACACUUAUAAGAAGUGCAACCGGUUUAUCUCAAAAUGAAAUUGAAUGGUUGAAAAAGAGAAAUCCAAUCGCUAAAAGUGCCCUACAUGAUUUCUUGACUCGUGGUACUACCAACUUUUCAAAUACUGAUUUAGUGGAGAAACUGUUUAGUGACGAUAAGAAUGUUCCAAAGGUCGGUAUUGCUGCUUCCGGUGGUGGUUACCGUGCUAUGUUAUCGGCUGCAGGUAUGGUUGCUGCCAUGGAUGACAGAACUUACGGUGCCGAUGAACAUGGUUUGGGUGGUCUUCUACAGGGUGCCACUUAUUUUGCAGGUCUUUCUGGUGGUAAUUGGUUAACUACUACACUAGCUUGGAACAACUGGACUUCUGUUCAAGAUAUCUUAAAUAAUUUAAGUGCCACCAACACUUCCUCCAUAUGGGACCUUGAAAAUAGUGUAUUGUCGCCAGGUGGUGUCAAUCAAACAUUAACAGCUCAAAUUUUUGAAGCAAUUAGACAAGAAAUUGACUUAAAAGUGGCUGCCGGAUUUAAAGUCUCUUUGGUUGAUGUUUGGGGUCGUGCUCUUUCCCGUUAUUUCUUCCCUAACUUGCCAGAAGCUGGUUCUGCUUUAACAUGGUCUAGUAUUAGGGACUUUGAUGUCUUCAAGAAUGCUGGGAUGCCAUUCCCCAUCAGUGUUGCCGAUGGAAAGUAUCCAGGUUCCACCAUCUCGAGUACCAACUCUACCGUCUUUGAAUUUAAUCCAUUUGAAAUGGGCUCUUGGGAUCCAACCUUGAACGCUUUUACAGAUGUUCAAUAUUUAGGUUCUAAAGUAGACAAUGGUUUACCAAUUGAAAGUGAUCAAUGUAUUGCUGGAUUUGACAAUGUUGGGUUCAUCACUGGUACCUCUGCUGAUAUUUUCAAUUUGGUGUCUGGAUCUUCCUUUACUGCUAUUAUUUCAGCUUUUGCAGCAAAAUUUUUACCUAAUGCUACCGGCGAUGACACCGAUAUUGGUAUUUAUGCUCCAAACCCAUUUAAGGGCAUCAGUACCAUGGAUGCUGACUAUUCUAUUGCUUUAUCUAAAUCUGAUACUUUAUAUUUAGUAGAUGGUGGUGAAGAUGGUGAAGUUAUCCCAUUUGAACCAUUAUUGCAAAAGAAACGUGAUCUAGAUGUCAUUUUUGCCUUUGACAAUAGUGAUGAUACAGAUGAACAAUGGCCAAAUGGUAAUUCUUUAGUUCAAACUUAUCAACGUCAAUUCACUUCCCAAGGUAGACACUUUGCUUUCCCAUAUGUUCCAACAACAGAAGUUUUUGUCAAAGAAGGCUUGAACAAAAGACCUACUUUUUUUGGUUGUGAUGCCUCAAACUUAACUGAAUUAGCCUAUGUCCCACCAUUGAUUGUCUACAUUCCAAACACUGAAUAUUCGUACGCCUCAAAUACAAGUACUUUCAAAUUAAGUUAUGAUCUUGAAGAACGUAUUGCUAUGAUUCAAAAUGGGUUUGAAGCCAUGACAAUGGGUAAUUUAACCAAAGAUCCUGAUUUCGUAGGAUGUGUUAGUUGUGCCAUUAUGAGACGUAAACAAGAAAGUCUAAAUAUUACUUUACCAGAUGAAUGUGCAAAAUGUUUUUCCACAUACUGUUGGAAUGAUAAAUCCACUUCCAUUUCUUCAAAUUUAACUACUAGCUCAAGCAACAGUACAGCUACUAUGACUUUAACUGGUGGUUAUCACAACACUACGUUAUUAGGCUCAAUGAGCGCCACUGCGACCGGUAAGACCAACUCCAUAUCUUCUGCUUCAUCUUCAACUAAAUCUAUCUCCGAAGCACAUGAGCCUGGUAAUUCUUCAGACUUAACUACUAGCUCAAGCAACAGUACAGUUACUAUGGCUUUAACUGGUGGUUAUCACAACACUACAUUAUUAGGCUCAAUGAGCGCCACUGCGACCGGUAAGACCAACUCCAUAUCUUCUGCUUCAUCUUCAACUAAAUCUAUCUCCGAAGCACAUGAGCCUGGUAAUUCUUCAGACUUAACUACUAGCUCAAGCAAAAGUACAGUUACUAUGGCUUUAACUGGUGGUUAUCACAACACUACAUUAUUAGGCUCAAUGAGCGCCACUGCGACCGGUAAGACCAACUCCAUAUCUUCUGCUUCAUCUUCAACUAAAUCCAUCUCCGAAGCACAUGGAGCUGGUAACAUGUUGAACGCCAAAAAUGUAUUAGGUACCAUGGCUUUGAUAAGAGUCAUUUACAGUCUAUUGUAA